UAAAUCCCGCCCAUUCCUAGUGACGUCGCAAGACUGCAGUCAGUCAGUCACGUCGGUCUGAGAAAAGGAAACACAAAAGCUCAGCAUGAGUUGAGUUUUGCCACAGAUUGACAAACAACAUUUUUUCGGGGAGACUAUUAUUAGGAGCAGUUUCCUCAUCGGACAGACAAUGCCGAGACGACUCCUUUGCAUUGUAGCACGCAAGGAAGGGUGACGACAAGAAGCAAGGUGGCUAAUGCUACUACCCCAGUAGCUGACUGUCACUUUAAUCUUCAGAACCAUGACACAGCAAGGCAGUGUGUGUGAUGUCACACUUGGUGUGGGGGGCAUGACUUGUGGCUCCUGUGUCCAAUCCAUAGAACAGAAGAUUGGUUCUCUGCCAGGAGUAAUACACAUAAAGGUCUCUUUAGAGCAUGCGAAUGCCACAGUCAUUUUUCAUGAUAGCCAACAGAGCGCAACGUCCCUGUUAGAGGCCAUCGAUGACAUGGGGUUUGAAUCAAGUUUAUCUACGUCCGGCGCAGCCACACCCGUUUGCACUGACACCCAGCUGAUCCCGACAUCAGGACUGACGCCUGUAGCUCGAAGGGAGGCUAUGCAGAUGCUGUCUCAGAUUCCAGGUGUACUGGAUGUCAGAGAGGGUCAAACAGAGGAGGGCCUCACUGUCACCUUUGCCUCGUCUUUGACAUCAGUGAAGGAGCUCACUGAAGUCAUCUUGAGCCUCUCGCCAUCGGAGAAUGCCACUCCUAGCAGCCCUGUGCCAAAGGACUUGCCCAUGUCUCCAUCUCACAACACGGAAACCAGAGCAGCGCUCCUAAAGAUGAGCAUUCAAGGCAUGACCUGUCAUUCCUGCACUACCACGAUUGAGGGGAAGAUUGGAAAAUUGAAAGGGAUUGAAAAGAUAAAAGUAAUUUUAGAUUCUCAGGAAGCUACGAUUGUGUACCUGCCUUACCUCAUCAGUGUUCAGACCAUCAUUGACCAGAUUUCCUUGGCUGGCUUUAAAGCUUGUGUAAAGUCCAAACCACGCCCUCUGCAAUUGCCCUUUGGUGAAGUUGAACGUUUUGCCGAUUCUCAAAAAACGAGUGCUUCUUCGCCAUUAGAACCUUCUGAAGACACAGAAACCUUCGUUGACACGACUCGGGUGGCACUCAGGGUGGAAGGCAUGCACUGUCGAUCCUGUGUGGUCAAUAUCCAAGACAACAUCUCCACACUACCUGGUGUAUCCUCUGUGGUGGUCUCUCUCGAGGAACAGAGAGCCUCUAUCUGCGUCGAUCCACUAAAAGUCACAGUGCCUCAAUUGCAGCAGGCAAUUGAAGCACUUCCUCCAGGGAACUUCAAGACUCAACCCUGGGACUCUUCUGGGCUUCCAAGCCCUCCAGUGAAUUCGCCUCCACCUGCUUUAACUUCACCUCAACCGUUUGGAGGAUUCCUGGCCAAACCUACUGUACCCCAGCCUUGUUUUAUCCAGCCUCUGGCAUCCGUAGCCAAGAUUCACAUCGAGGGCAUGACAUGCAAUUCCUGCGUCCAGUCAAUUGAAGGCAUGAUUUCUCAGAGGAAAGGUGUGAUGUCAGCCCAUGUCUCUCUGGCCGAUCAGCAGGGCGUCUUUGAAUAUGACCCCCUGUUGACCUCCUCAGAAGAGCUGAGGGAUGCCAUAGACGAUAUGGGCUUUGACGCGUCCAUACCUGCGACCAAUCCCCUCCCAGUUGUGUCAUGUCCCAGUGUCCUCAAGUCUUCAAGUGUAAUACCAAUGAAAGAUAAGGAACUAGACAGCAGUCCUCUCAAACAGAUACCCUUGGAUUGCAAAACGGACAAGAGAGACAAACACUCAAGUGCCGACAAGUGCUUCAUCCAAAUUCGAGGCAUGACCUGCGCUUCAUGUGUGGCAAACAUUGAGCGAAACCUCAAAAAUGAAUCUGGUAUCUACACCGUUCUGGUAGCAUUAAUGGCCAGUAAGGCCGAGGUACGGUAUAAUGCCGAAAUGAUCGACCCUGUGAAGAUUGCAGAAUGUGUGAACGAGCUCGGCUUUUCCGCCUCAGUCUUGGAAAACUAUGAAGGUUCAGAUGGAAACCUGGAAUUAGUGGUUAAGGGAAUGACUUCUGUUUCAUGUGUCCACAAAAUCGAAUCCAGCCUAAUGAAGGAAAUUGGGAUUAUAUAUGCCUCUGUUGCCUUAGCAACUAACAAAGCACACAUUAAGUAUGACUCCGAAGUGAUCGGACCACGAGACAUCCUCAAGCUGAUUAGGAAUUUGGGUUUUGAAGCAACACUGGUGAGGAGGGACCGUGCUGCCAGCCACUUGGACCACAGCAAAGAGAUACGACAGUGGAGGAAGUCUUUCCUGGUGAGCCUGAUAUUCUGUUUGCCGGUGAUGGGUAUGAUGAUAUACAUGAUCAUCAUGGACCACCAGAUGAACGUUUCACACCAGCACAACGCCACGGCCGAGGACCGCAACCUCUUCCACGCAACCAUGUUCCUGGAGAGGCAGUUGCUCCCAGGCCUCUCUGUCAUGAACCUGCUCUCUUUCCUCUUUUGUGUACCUGUGCAGUUCAUCGGCGGUCGCUACUUCUACCUUCAAGCCUACAAAGCAGUGAAACACAGAUCUGCUAACAUGGACGUGCUGAUAGUCCUCGCCACCUCUAUAGCCUUCACCUACUCCUCCAUUGUACUAAUAGUGGCCAUGGUGGAGAAGGCAAAAGUCAACCCCAUUACCUUCUUUGACACACCGCCUAUGCUCUUUGUCUUCAUCUCCCUGGGACGCUGGUUGGAGCAGAUAGCCAAGAGCAAAACGUCGGAGGCUCUUUCCAAGCUCAUGUCUUUGCAAGCCACUGAGGCCACAGUGGUCAUUCUCAAUAGCGAUUCAUCCAUUCUAAGUGAGGAUCAAGUGGAUGUCGAGCUGGUGCAGAGGGGAGAUGUGGUAAAAGUAGUCCCUGGUGGAAAGUUUCCAGUUGAUGGCAGAGUUCUUGAAGGACAUUCCAUGGCGGAUGAGUCUCUCAUCACAGGUGAAGCCAUGCCGGUGACUAAGAAGCCAGGGAGUAUUGUGAUUGCAGGCUCCAUUAACCAGAAUGGCUCUCUGCUGGUCAGCGCUACACAUGUUGGCAUGGACACCACGUUGUCGCAGAUUGUCAAACUAGUUGAAGAGGCUCAGACCUCAAAGGCUCCUAUCCAGCAGUAUGCUGAUAAGAUCAGUGGGUACUUUGUACCCUUCAUCGUCGGCGUGUCACUCCUCACCUUGAUUUCCUGGAUUGUAAUUGGGUUCCUUGAUUUCCCUCUUGUGGAAAAAUACUUUCCUGGUUACGACAAGAGCAUUUCCAAGGCAGAGGCAGUGAUUCGCUUCGCUUUCCAGGCCUCCAUAACUGUGUUAUGCAUCGCUUGCCCCUGUUCCCUCGGUCUGGCAACCCCGACGGCUGUCAUGGUGGGCACUGGGGUUGGAGCACAAAAUGGCAUCCUGAUAAAAGGAGGGGAACCUCUGGAAAUGGCACAUAAGGUCCAGUCAGUGGUGUUUGAUAAGACCGGGACCAUUACCUAUGGAGCUCCAAACGUUGUCCAGGUCAAAAUAGUUGUGGAGGGAAACAAGAUGCCUCGCUCCCGGCUGCUCGCCAUCGUGGGGACAGCAGAGAAUAACAGCGAACACCCUCUGGGAGCAGCUAUCACCAAGUACUGCAAGCAGGAGCUUGGCACAGACUCUCUCGGCGUGUGCACAGACUUCGAGGCUGUGCCGGGCUGUGGGAUCCGGUGUAAGGUCAGCAACACAGAGAUGCUGUCAAAGCAUUCGGAGAGCGACAGCGAGGACAACAACCAGCGCAACAGCAUGCUUGUUCAGAUCAGCGACACCCUCACGUCCACCACCUCCCAUCCUCUUAUCAUGGACCCACAGCCACUCAGUACGCCAAAUUUCCAACACUCAUUUUCUACUUUAUAUUGGGAUGUUUAUUGUUGUGCGUCUUCAGGCCUGGCCCAAACUGCAAGCUACACCGUCCUCAUUGGCAAUCGAGAGUGGAUGAGAAGGAAUUGUCUGCAGAUUCGGCCUGAUAUCGAUGAUGCCAUGACCGAGCAUGAGCGUAGAGGACGCACUGCCGUCCUGGUUGCUGUAGACAAUCUGCUUUGUGCCAUGAUAGCCAUAGCGGACACAGUGAAACCGGAAGCUGAACUGGCAGUCCAAACUCUGACCGGCAUGGGCUUGGAGGUUGUGUUGAUGACGGGCGAUAACAGCAAGACAGCACGGGCUAUUGCUGCACAGGUGGGCAUCAGGAAGGUAUUUGCGGAGGUGUUGCCCUCCCACAAGGUGGCCAAGGUGGAACAGCUGCAGCAGUCGGGAAAGAGGGUCGCCAUGGUAGGCGACGGCAUCAAUGAUUCGCCCGCUUUGGCCAUGGCAGACGUCGGCAUUGCCAUUGGAACUGGCACGGAUGUGGCCAUCGAGGCGGCUGACGUGGUCUUGAUCAGGAAUGACCUAUUGGAUGUGGUCAGCAGUAUCGACCUCUCGAAAAAGACAGUCAAGAGGAUCAGGAUCAACUUUGUCUUCGCUCUGGUCUACAAUCUGGUUGGCAUUCCCAUUGCUGCAGGUGUGUUCCUUCCUAUCGGUCUGGUGUUACAGCCGUGGAUGGGCUCUGCUGCCAUGGCGCUAUCAUCCGUUUCCGUGGUCUUGUCCUCGCUUCUACUCAAAUGCUACACUAAGCCCAGCCCAGAGAAGCUGGAGGGCCGGCUGGGCGGCACCAGGCGGCAGGGAAGCCUGUCCGACGUCAGCGUCCACAUCGGCAUGGACGAGCUGCGGCGAUCCUCGCCCAAGCUCAGCCUCCUCGACCGCAUCGUCAACUACAGCCGGGCGUCCAUCAACUCGCUGCGCUCUGACAAGCACUCGAUCCACAGCCUGGCGGUCAGUGAGCCAGACAAACACUCGCUCCUGGUGGGGGAUGCGCCGUGCGACGAGGACGCCUGCUGAAGAACCCUGUCACAAAGUGCCCAAGGUAGCCGUGUUCUUCUCCACUGUGCGUCAUCCCUAAUGGCGCUGUCCGAAUAGCGUCAAACUUAACUUCAAGAGCGCGUGUGGUCCUUCAUGCGGAUCUCAAGCACUUCAGAGUGAACCGGCUCACUUACUCUUCUCCCCCUUCUUUCUUUAUGUUGAGGUCAGUGCGUUCUGGCAUUCUCAGCGAAGCCGUCCGACACGGCUGUGUGCCCAAAGACAUUUUUCAGUUUUAGCUGUUUUUCAUUCGCCACUGUGUAAUAUGGAGUAUUUAUAUGUAGCUAUAUUUAUCUUUUGUUCAUUUAAAUCUUUAUGGAAGAUCCAAAUGACCUUUGAGAGUGAGUUGGAAACUGUUAGCGGAGUACCAGUGGAAAUGCCAUCGUGGCAAAGUCCAGCACAUUCCAAAGAGAGCACCAUGGACCUGACAGCGCUCACUUCCAUCUAUGGCAACGUUUAUGCGUUCACAUUACUGGACGUGCCAUGCUGUUAUCUUGUUACAUUCGUGCCGCUCAUUGUCGUGCAGUUUCUUCUGGAAGUCACAAAAGUGCAUUUAGGCGAUCGGCGCUGGUCACAUGGCAGUACUGUAGUGUCAUGUGUUACUACUUCAAAGUUUCUAUGUGUUUGCAUAAGUUGUGGCACGUCUUACAAUAAUUGGGUUGUGUACUGUUAGCCUACAUUAAUGAUUUUUUUUUUUUCUUUCUUGACUUUUGGCACUACAGUAUCAGCAUUUUUUUCAAGUCAGCAUUUUGUCACACCAGAGUCCGAGCCCCCUCUCUUUGGUUUGGCUUUUGUUGCUGCUGCUUUCCCAAUGUGGCGUCUGAAGUCCACAGCGCAUUAUCACGCUGGCCUGUCCAAGCAACGACACCAAAGUGCCACAUUCUACGUACAUGUACGGUUAAAUGAAGUCUAGCGUGCCCUGAAUGUUCAAAGUCAGAAAUGGGGAAACUACAGCCAAGCCUCGAAAACGUUGAAUCCGAGGGCUGGCAUGCAAUUCUCCCUUAAAAAAUGCUCAUAAUUUAUACUAAAUUACAAACAUUAGUUCUGUUAUAUUUUUGUUGAAAUUAGUAUGCAUUUGGAAAAAAAACUCCUCUGUUCUAAGAUAUUGUGCCUUGGAAUAAAAAAAUAACGAUUUAA